GGAUGGGCGGGACCUAACGGGACGACACGCAAACAUGGCGGCGUCUACACAAGAUGAUUUUGAGUUUAAUACUCAGGACUACUAUUCUCUGCUCAACGUGAGGAAAGAGGCCACUUUGGAUGAGCUGAAAGCAUCAUAUCGGAGGCUAUGUAUGCUGUAUCAUCCAGACAAACAUCGAGACCCAGAACUGAAAAAACAAGCAGAGCAACUUUUCAACCAGGUGCAUCAGGCCUAUGAAGUGCUGAGUGACGCUCACUCCAGAGCCAUCUAUGACAUCUUUGGGAAGAAGGGGCUGGAGGUGGAAGGCUGGGAGGUGGUGGAGAGGAAGAGAACGCCUGCAGAAAUUCGUGAGGAAUAUGAAAGGCUCCAGAGAGAAAAAGAAGAGAGAAGGCUGCAGCAAAGAACGAAUCCCAGGGGCACCAUAAGCGUCGGUGUGGAUGCAACGGACCUGUUCGAUCGCUAUGACGACGACUUUGAGGAAAUGCCCGGAGGAGGCUUUCCUCAUAUCGAAAUUAACAGGAUGCAUAUCUCCCAGUCCAUAGAGGCUCCUCUGACGAACAGCGACACAGCGAUGCUGUCUGGCUCACUCUCGACGCACAACGGCAGCGGAGGGGGCAACAUCAACGUGACCGUCCGCAGAGUUACGUCGGCUAAAGGCUGGGGAGAGGUGGAGUUUGGCGCCGGAGACAUACUGGGGCCCCUCGUUGGGUUAAAGGUGUUUCGUAACAUUACGUCGCGUUGUUUCCUCACAGCCCAGUGCGGCUUGCAGUUCUCGCCGCGAGGACUGCGGCCGAGCUGUUCUCUGAUGACGGCGCGCCACCUGGACCAGAACACGAUGGGUUACCUGCAGUGGCGCUGGGGGCCCAACAGCGCCAUGACGACCAGCCUGGUCCGAGACACGAAGAGCAGCCACUUUACUUUAGCCCUGCAGCUGGGUGUGCCUCACUCCUACCUGAUGAUGAGCUACCAGUACAAGUUCCAGGAUGAGGACCAGACCAAAGUGAAAGGCUCCAUCAAGACAGGCUGGUUUGGCAUCGUGGUGGAAUAUGGAGCGGAGAGGAAGAUCAGCCGUCACAGCGUUGUGUCAGCCAAUGUCAGCAUCGGUGUCCCGCAGGGAGUCACGCUCAAGAUUAAGCUGUCGCGGGCUAGUCAGACGUACCUGUUCCCGGUCCACCUGACAGACCAGCUUCUGCCUAGCGCUGUCUUCUACGCCACCGUUGGACCUCUCCUGGCCUACAUUGCCGUCCACAGACUAAUCAUUAUUCCGUACACGAAAGCACAGAAAGAGCAAGAGCUGGAGCUGCAGAGGAAGAGCUCUGCCACAGACAUCGCCAAGAAGAAGCAGGAAGCUGAGACUGCUGUUCUGCUGAUGCAGGAAUCUGUGAGGAGAAUCAUAGAAGCAGAAGAAUCCAAGAUGGGGCUGAUCAUCCUGAACGGCUGGUACGGAAAGUUUGUCUCAGACACCAGCCAGAAGCAGGAGAAAGCCAAGGUGAUUGACGUCACCGUGCCGCUGCAGUGCCUGGUCAAAGACUCCAAGCUCAUCCUCACCGAGGCGUCUAAGGCGGGGCUGCCAGGUUUUUACGACCCCUGCGUGGGAGAGGAAAAGAGUCUGAAAUUACUGUACCAGUUCAGAGGGGUCAUGCAUCAAGUCAUCUCUGCAGACACCGAGCCACUACGGAUACCCAAGCAAUCUCACAGAAUUGAAUCUGAAUCCUAGGGGUCCUGUGCUGCUGACGUGGGAGGAUAAAACAGACUCUGUGCACUGAAGAACCCACGACUAGAAGGGAUAGAUAAAGAAAAUGUGUUUGUUUCCCUCCCUUUAGUUCUCCUCUGUCAUGGUAUUAGUGAAUCUAAUUCAUUA